UUUUCUGUAAAUAUCAGGUGAAUGUGCUAUUACGUCACCUUUAUCAUUGUCCUUGAAUGUAAAAAUACUAAAGUAAAAAAAAAAAACAUAUCAUUGAAAACGUCGAGCAUAAUUUUAAAAUUCAUUCAUCGAUAAACAUAUUCGAGUCUAAUAAAAAAUAACGGAGAUAUCAUUAUGAUAUAACAACUGUUGAUGUAGUGUUAAGUAAAAUUCAUCAACGCUUCUUGAGAUUUGUUUGUCCGCAGCUGUGCAAGCAAUUUGUCUGUCCUGUCUUUUCCUUAUAAUAAUUACUAUACCCCGUAGUUCAAUUAACUCGUUGCAGAAUAUAUCUUAAUUAUUAUUAUAUUUAAUAAAUUUUCUGCUUAGUCACCCAAGAUAUAUUUAAAGGAGCUGUGACUCGAGGCCAAGCGUUCAUCAGUUGAUAUCCGCCUAUCCGAGUGCCAUCAUCGCAUCAUCUGAAAUUGACUACAAUGUCUCCAGUCUGUGGUCCUGGUUGGGCUACACCCGCGGAUGCAAUCAAGAAUGCAAAGAGAGAGAAGCUGCUUUAUAUUACCUGCGUUCAAUUGGACCCAACCAAACCAGAUUAUCUAGCUACAGUUGAUAUAGAUCCUGAAAGUGAAACUUAUACUAAGGUGAUCCACAGAUUAAAGAUGCCAAAUGUUAGAGAUGAACUUCAUCAUAUGGGAUGGAAUUCAUGUUCAAGCUGUUUCAAUGACCCAACUAAAUCUCGGAAUAAGCUAAUUCUUCCAGGUAUUGCUUCAAGCCGGAUUUAUGUAGUUGAUACAUCGAAUGAAAGAGCUCCAAAACUUCAUAAGGUUAUAGAAAAAGAAGAAAUGGUACCAUUUGGUGUAACUUCAGCACACACAGCUCACUGCCUUCCAGAUAAUACUGUCUUACUUUCUACACUUGGUGAUACAAAAGGAAAUAAUUUAGGAGACCUUAUAUUAUUGGAUGGAGAAACCUGGAAAGUUAAAGGUCUAUGGACGACAGGAGGAGAGAAAGGUGAAUUUGGUUAUGAUUUUUGGUAUCAACCAUAUUGGGACGUACUCAUAGCUACUGAAUUUAUAUCACCUCAUAAUUGGUUUAAUGGAAACACGUUUGAAGUAAUUAAAGACAAAGAUUUGAGUGGAAGAACAUUAAAUGUAUAUUCUUGGAAAGAAAAAAGACUUAUUCAGAAAAUUAAUUUAGGAGAUGAAGGAGCUGCACCACUUGAGAUCAGGUUCUUGCACGAUCCUAAAUCACAACAAGGGUUUGUUGGUUGCGCAUACCCAUCAACAGUUUUCAGGAUUUUCAAGAAAGACGAUAAUACAUGGGGCACUGAAAAAGUCAUUUCGGUUCCUAAUGUCAAAGCAACGAACUGGGAACUCCCGAUAAUUCCUGGACUCAUCACUGACAUAUUGAUAUCUAUGGACGAUAAAUGGUUGUAUAUAUCAAACUGGCUACAAGGCGAAAUACACCAGUAUGAUAUUACCAACCCAUCGAAACCAAAACUUGCGUCUACUAUAUCUCUUGGUGGUCUUCUGACACAAAAAGGAAUUGUGGACGCAUUGGAUGCAAAGGAACCACUUAUUAUCCAAGGAGUGAAAAUGGAAGCCGGCCCUCAAAUGAUACAACUCAGUUUAGAUGGCCGUCGUCUUUACGUCACCAAUUCACUAUUCUCCGCUUGGGAUAGGCAACUGUAUCCUGAUCUUUGCAGGAAUGGAUCUGUAUUACUUCAAGUAGAUGUUGAUCCAGUUAAUGGCGGAAUGAAAUUAAAUGAAAAUUUUUUAACAAACUUUGGUGCUGAACCCGAUGGACCAGUAUUAGCUCAUGAGUGCAGAUAUCCCGGAGGUGAUUGUACUUCUGACAUCUUCCUAGCAAAAGACUAAUAUUCCACUUCUAGUCUAGAAUCAAGUCAAUCCUGGAUGAUGAAAGAUGACUAAUUAUGCACCAAUUAGAAAUAUCCAGUACUGAAUUAGAUAUUUUACAUCCUAAAUGUAAAUUCAUAAUGUAAUAUAUUGUGUUAAAGUCUAGUGGUCGACACCUGUAUCGCUCCAAGAUUAAUGAAACUAUGUUUAAUAGUACCAUAUUGAUAACCUUGUACAGAUAAUUCUGUUACAACUGCUUUUAUAUAUAGUUUUUAUUAUAAUUGUAUUAUAACUAAUUGAACAUUAUGCCAAAAUAAAUAAACCUAUACUAUAAAGUAGAAGAGCAUGUUCAUUGGAACUUUUAAGAACCACCAACCUCAUGUGUAAAACAUAUGUUUAUAACCUUAAAUAUAUUUACAGUAGUUAAAUAACUUUAGACAAAAUAUUAAAUUUAAAUAGGUAUAUAUAGACAGUUUAUUCUGAAAUAUAAGUAACAUGAUAGAAAAUUAAAUUCGUGAAUAAUUCUAUGAGUUUUCUCACUGUGAAAUUACAUUAUCCACUUUUAAUUAGUGUGAUAACUGUUGAUAUAUCGAUGGUAAGCAAUGAAAACCUCAUAACUUCAUUUUAGUAAAUUUUACAGAGUAAAAUUAAGAUUUAAUAACAUGUAAAUUGUUAUUCAGAAUUAGUUUCUAUUAGUUUUACUAUCUAGAACAAUCCUUACGCAUUUAUGGAUUAAAUAUAUUUAUGUCCUUCGAAAUCUCUCUUUGUAUACACAGUUCAGAGAAUGGAGUUAUAUGGCUCAAAUAGACAAAUAUAGCUGUGAGAUAUAUAUUGUCUAUCAUUAAUAUAAUAAAUAGAGUUUGUGCUAUUUAAAUGGCCUUAAGUUUUUACAGUUUACUGUAAAAUAUUUACCACCAUUAAAAAUGCACUUUAAAAACAUUGUCAGAAAAUAAUUUCUGUUUAAAGCAGAGAGGUAAAUGAAAUAUGUGUGAUAAGAAAACCAGACCUUUUUUUUGUGAAGUCAUUAAAAAUAAUUAUGCAAAUGAAAUUUGAAUGACAAAAGUAAAGGCUCAUGUUUCAUGGCUUGAAAAAUAGUUUCUUAAGUAUGAAAUAAUUACACUUUUUCAUCAAUGGUUGCUCAUUCAUCAAUAGUUGCUCAUAAUAUUUUAUUUCUCUUUGAAUCAAACAAUAAACUUGAAAAAAAAAUUCAGAUGGCAGUAGUGAAUUGAAGCUGUAGCAAUAAAAAUCUUUUUUUUUUUGCUUUCCAAACAAAUCAUUACUUUCCACCACUCAGUGCCACUAACAUGUUGAAAUAAGUGAAUGAUGCCUGCAAUAUCUGAAAAUUAUGAAGUUUGUUUAAAUGUUAUUGUAUACAUUUAGAAUUAAAAUGAUAUUUUUUGAGGAUAGUAUGUGUUUAGAUUGUACCGUCAUAUAGUAUUGAUUCAUUCAAGUUAAGUCAAAGGAUUUACAUCAAAAUAUUGAAAAAAUGAUAAUACCUAAUAAAUAAAAAAAUACAUAACAGUAACAUAGCCUGAUAGUUAAUGGCAUAUUCACACACCUAAACAAGAAUACACUCAGUUACCACGCAUGGUUGGCCCAUGUUGGGAAAUUGUCAGCAACAUUAGUCAACAAAAUAUCAAUGUUAGGCCGCCUGUUUAUAAUUGACUAAAAAUCCAUGAAAAUGGCACAGUUCUCAAUUUUGAGUAAACUAUAAAUCUAAGGAAAUGGAUUAUUAAACUACAUUUCCCCGACAAUGAGCCACUAGAAAAUAGAAACCCAAAGCAUUAAUGAUAUUUAAACAAGUAAUUGUUUAUAUGACGAAAAUAAACGAAAAAAAAAAUGAAAAAUAAACACCAAGGGGUCACAAACUAAAAAAAAAUGUAAAAUAAACACAAACGGGCCAAAAACUAAAAAUAAACACAAACGGGCCAAAAACUAAAAAUAAACACAAACGGGCCAAAAACUAAAAAUAAACACAAACGGGCCAAAAGUAAAC